AUGGCGCCCAAGAAGAAGGCCGGCAUCGCGCCGGCGGCCCACGUCGCGACCGGCGACCCCGCGGUGGACGCGGCCGGGGAGGGUGACCUUGCACGACUUGAGCAGCUCCUCGAGUCGCAGGGGAGGGCCAUAUUGAGCUCACGAGCCCCAGAUGGCACGACACCACUGAUCGCAGCCGCGCGCGCCCACAAGCUCGACGCCGUCCGACUCCUCGUCCAGAAAGGCGCCGACGUCAACGCCCGCGGGCCCGCUAAGGCCGGCCCGACGCCGCUCCUCGCGGCGUGCCAGGCGGGCGCGUUCGCGGUCGCGAGCGAGCUCCUCGCCUCCCGCGGCUGCGACGUGCGCGCCGCGAUGCCCCAGACGGGCUACACGGCCUUGCACUGCGCUGCUGCCGCGGGGGGCAGCUCCCACGAGGACGACGCGCUGCUGACGCUCGCCGCGGAGCUCGUCGCCGCGGGGCUGCCCGUGGACCGGCGCGCCGUCGCGGGCCCGAACGAGGGCCGGGGUAUGACAGCAAUGCAGAUUGCGUGCGUCACCGGGAAGGCGCGGCUCGCGGCGGCGCUGGUGGGAAUGGGCGCGGACGUCAACCUGCCGCUCUGCAUGAUGGACAAGGAUCCGGGGGCGAGGGCCGACGGAGGCGCGCGGAAAAAGACGAUGAAGGCAUGGGGGCCGCAGGACGUGCAGCCGCAGGAGGGCGACGGCGACGGGGAGGACGAGGCGCAGGAGUCCGAGCAGCACCGGGCGCAGGCGGCGCUCCUCGACGCCCUCAAAAUACUGCCCCCCGACCACCUCAUCGUGCCCGCGUGCUCCGCCAUCGCCGCGCUCGCGGGCGCCGUCCUGGGCGCGAUCCUCGCGCUCCUCCGCAACGGCACGGCCGACCCGCUCGCGUUCCUCAUCAAGGGCGCCGCCGGAGCCGCGCUCUUCGCCGUGUCCGGCGCGUUCCUCGGCCGCCGCCUCCGCGCCCUCUUCCGCCCGCUGCACAUGCACCCGCUGCACGUCGCGAUCGCCAACGGGCACCACCUCGCGGCCAAGUCGAUCGUCGACAGCCCGAAGUUCGACAUCUCCGCGCUCACCGUCCGCGACGGCCUCACCUGCCUCCACGCGGCCGCGCAACAGGGGUACGCCGACGUCGUCAAGGCCCUCGUCGAGCGCGGGCACCCCGUCGACGCGCCCGCGGCCGACGGGAUCACCCCGCUGCACGUCGCCGUCUCGGAGCGCCGCCCGGACAUCACGUCGCUGCUGCUGAAGCUCGGCGCGGACCCGAACACGUCGUUCCAGGGGUUCAACGUCCUGACGGGCGCGCUGCUCUUCUCGUCGCCGGAGGUGACGCGCGCGGUGCUCGCGAGCCCGAAGCUCGACGUGUCCGCGGCGUCGCCGAACGGCUGGGUCCCGGUGUUCGCAGCCGUGUUCCGUUGCACUCCGGGGUACCUCACCAUGAUGAAGCUGCCGGUCAGCCCGGCGUCGUACGCCGAGCAGGUCGACGCGACGCGGCCGCUGCUGACGGCGAUCUUGGCGAAGAAGCCCGACUUGGCCGAGCUCAGCCAGGGCCAGCUCGCGCCGCUGCACCUGGCGUGCAUGCAGGCCGCGGAGCGCGUGGUUCCGAUCGUCGAGGAGCUGCUGGACGCCGGGGCGGACAUGACGGCGUGCGACGGGCGCACGGCGGACACGCCGCUGCACCACGCGUGCAAGUCGGGCCGCCCGGAGACGGUGCGGCUGCUUCUGCAGCGUGGGGUCGCGGUGGACAUCCUGGCGAUGGACGACCGGACGCCGCUGCACGUGGCGGCGAACGAGGGGCGCGCGGAGAUCGUGAGGAUGCUGCUGCAGGCCGGGGCGAGCAAGACGGCGAAGUCGGAGGCGGGCGCGACGCCGGCGGAGAUGUGCAAGGCGCGCCUGACGAGCGACGGGUUCUCAGGGCUCCCGGUCGAGCAGCAGCAGGGCCUCGCGCUCACGUACAAGCUGCUGACGGGCGAAACUGCGAAACUUGUGCGGAAACAACCCCCCGCCGCCGGGGCCCCGCCCGCCGCGGCGCCGCCGGCGCAGGCCGUCCGGCCGGCGCAGGCCGUGCUGCUGACGGGCGCGAAGGACCGCUGCAACCACUGUGGGAAGCUCGAGUCGCAGCUAGCGAGCAGAAAGCUGAGCGCGUGCUCGCAGUGCCGGAACGCGCACUACUGCUCGCGGGAGUGCCAGCGCGCGGCGUGGAAGUCGCACAAGCCCGAGUGCAAGGCGCAGCAGGCGUGA